AUGGACCUCACCGACCCCGCCCACAACCUAGGCACCUUCCGCACACGCCCACGCACCAGCCGCUCCGGCGACCAAGAACUGCCCUGGAAACUGAUCAUCCCUGGCGGCGAAGACGACGCCCACGCCCACGCCCACGAGCAGCAACAGCACAAUACCUCAACCCCAACCUCAAACCCCAUCCUCAAACCCCCCAUCCAAGCCACCACAACCACCACCACCACUGGCUUCCACCCCGAAUCCACAGAAACAUGGUCCGCCCGCAUAACAGGGGAAGUCCUCCGCAGCAUCGGCAAGAACAGCAUCCUCGUUCCGCCGCGCCCACCACUCCAGCAUCAGCAGCAGCAGCAGCAGCAGCAGCAGCGCUCUAGAUCCGCGCCCGCACCCGAACAGGAAACAGAUUCGAUAUCGCCGAAAUCGAAGAGGUUAUCUCCGGUAGUGGGGCAUGAACAAGGGCAAGGACCAGGACAAGGGCAAGGGGUAACCACCUGGCGAACUUCGACGAUACCCCUCCUCACCCCCAGCCCCCACCCCCACAGUUCAAGCCCAGGCCCAGGCCUAAACCCAGGCCCAGGCCAAGGCCGGCCCCUCCUCCGCCGAGGAGGAUCUACUACGGACACGAACACGAACACGGACACCAUCGGGGGUGGUAGUGGUGAUGGUGGAGGUGGCAGGACCCCGUCCCCGCUCCUGCUCCCGCCACCUCCGCCGUGCACGAAAGUUGAUCUCCCGGCGUUACCGGGGUCGAGUGAGUCGCUGAUGCCGGGGAGGGGGCUGCAGGGGCUGCAGGAGCAACAACAUCCCAAGCCACCCAGCCCCUCGACGGAGGUGGCGAAGCCGGCCGAAACCCCGAGCGAGAGGGCCGGGAAGCACGAGGAUGACGAGGCCGAGAUCGUGAUGUUUAGUACGGCGUAUCCGGGGCAGCAGUGGAAGCCGGCCGGGUUUAUGGAGGCGUCGGGGUGGGGGUAUGAUUGA